AUGGGGUGUGUCAAUACCAAAGAUGUUUAGAAGGUUGAAUAAAUUAAAGUAGAAGAACUCACCAAGGAUGAGCUCGAAAGUUUGAGUAGAAACUCUGGAGUUAAUGUUAAGAUGCUCAAAUUAUAUGCAGAUUUUUUAUACAAAAACAGAAUACAUUUAAUAGGUUGCAUUAACUAAUAUUCAACAUAUGGCUCAGUAUUCACUAUAUAUGAUGAAACCAUUUAGCAAUUAGCAAUACUGAAGAUAUAUGAAGACAGCACUCUCUCUUCUGUUUAUAAGAAUUCAUAUUAGUACAUCUAAUAAAGAAAUAUCCUUAAAAUAUACAACUUUAUACAAAGUUAAAGGCUCAAAGCAACUUUCCUUGUAGUUGAAUUAUGUUCAGGUACAUUGGAAACUUUAAUAUCUGAAAGAAGAAAUGACUAAGACCCAUUCAGCAAGAUCGAGGUUUACUACAUGGCGCAACAAUUAAUUAAUGGCUUAAUAAAUUCAGCUGAUAAAUUAUUUGAUUUUCCAGAGAUAUCUACAUAAAAUAUACUAAUUGAUAGAUAAGGAUACAGUUUAAAGCUGGUUUAGGCUCAUAUUCACAGCUAGGUUUUCGGUUCCCCUUUUGCCUUAAGCAGUUUAAGCAACGCAAAUACCGCUGUUCUUAUUCCAAACAUUGUAGAUCACAAAGUUCAUGCUAAAUGUCAACAGAAUCUUAGUUAACAAGCUCAAAAUCUUGGACUGGUCCUUUUGAAUCUAACCAACGUUAAAGAAUUCUUCAAUGAUUUAAAACUGAUAUCUAAAAUACAGCUAGAAAAUGUGCAAUCUCACAAUUUUAACGAAUUUAACUAGAAAGUUAUUCGUCGCUUGAUAAACUGCGAUAAAAACUCGCAAAUAGAGUUUCUUCUUGAAAUAAAAAAUAUUUUAAAUGAACUACUCUAAGAUGAGAAGUUGAAAACUGGCAAAGACAACUUCUUCAAUAUUUUAAAAAUUAAUCAGCCUUACAUGGUAUUAAAAGAGAAAAAUGAGAAAGACAGAAAAGUGUUCAAUAGCUUUAACGAAUUUUUGAUUUUCCAUGAUAAGGAUUACCUCCCUUCGAUAGAAAUCAGAUUUGAUCAGCAGAUGAUUGAGACUGACUUUGGGCAAUUAGUUUAGGAGUUGAGAUUGUGUGAAAAUCUUUGUUUUCUGAAAUUAUUCUUCAGGAAGUCUAAUAGAUUUAAUACUGAAUAGAUUGGAAAGCUAACCUCCUCUUUGUAAUAGGCCUCUAAUCUUUAAUCUCUAGAAAUAGAAUUUUUGAGUAGUUAAAUCAGCUCAGCAGGAAUAGAAAGUCUUUUUGAACAGCUGCAUAAAAUCAAAACCAUAAAAACUUUGAGCUUAAAAUUCAAGGAAAGUCUAAUUACAGAAAAAUAAGCUUAGAACAUUUAGAAUCAUUUGCAAAAUUACAACUAAUUAAAACACUUAGAGUUAGAUUUCAGCAACUGCAGUUUAAAAGAGAAAUCUUUGAAAGUAAUUACAGAGGGAGUUUUUCAAAAUAGUUGCAUAAAGAGUUUCAAAUUCAAUUUGAACUAAAUUCAUACAACAGAUUUUGAAAUUUUCAGAGACUUUGGAAAUAGUUUAUAGACUGCCACACAAAUUGAAAUAUUUGAUUUGGACUUAUAAUAAAACCACCUUGAUAGUGAAACUCUUAAGUGUAUUGUCAAUGGAUUGUCUGAAAUAAAAUCUCUCAAGAAAUUAAGCUUAAAUAUUUCAAAUAACAGCUUUUUCUCUGAUGGAUUACUUUACUUGACUGAAAACCUAUCAAAACUGGAUUAAUUACAAACACUCCACCUAAGGUUACACUAAGUUGGUUUAAAAUCCUCAAUUUGCAGACAGUUCACUCAGAACUUUAAGCUAUAUCCCAAGUUAUCUAACCUCAGCCUUAGAUUACAAUACAAUUACAUAGAUGACGAAGGGGCUGAAGAAAUGGUAAAGCAAAUGAGUAACUAAAACACUAUCAAAGUCCUCCUCAUUGAUUUCUCGAAUAAUAAAACCCAUUAAAAAGAUAAGGAAAGGUCUUUGAAACUCAGAUUAUUGAAAAUGAAAAGACUCAUAUCUCAAUAGAUAAUUUAUUCUUUUUGA